GACCUCCAGGUCUCUGAGAAAGAAGUGCUCUGGAGAGCUGCCUGCACAGGUGAUGGGAUGGUGAGUCAGAAUGAGGAGGAGAAACCCCAUCAGGAAGAAGCUGAGCAAGUAGGAACACAUGGAACGUUAUCAGGAAGAUUGAAAGGGAACGUUUCCGGGAGUUGUGCACUCCAAGAAAAAGCAAAAGUCUGUGAGUCUGAGGAGAGGCCAGAGGAAAACUUUAGUAGCCACUCAGACCUUAUAACACACGACAGAAUCAACUUGGAAGAGACACACUACAUAUGCCAUGAGUGCGAGAAAAGCUUUAGUCGGCACUCACAGCUUAUCACACAUCAGAGAAUCCACACCGGGGAGAAGCCCUACACAUGCUCAGAGUGCUGGAAAAGCUUUAGUCGGAACUCACACCUUAUCAGACAUCAGAGAAUCCACACUGGGGAGAAGCCCUACAGAUGCACUGUGUGUGGGAAAAGCUUCAAUCAGAGCUCCAACCUUAUCACACAUCGUAGAAUCCACACAGGAGAGAGACCGUACACGUGCUCUGAGGGUGGGAAAAGCGUCAGUCACAUCUCUGCCCUGAUCACACAUCAGAGAAUCCACACCGGGGAGAAGCCUUAUACAUGCUCAGAGUGUGGGAAAAGCUUUAGUCGGAACUCACACCUUAUCAGACAUCAGAGAAUCCACACUGGGGAGAAGCCCUACAGAUGCACUGAGUGUGGGAAAAGCUUUAAUCGGCGCUCCAACCUUAUCACACAUCGUAGAAUCCACACAGGGCAGACACCAUACAUGUGCUCUGAGUGCGGGAAAAGCUUCAGUUGCAGCUCACACCUUUUCAGACAUGAGAGAAUCCACACAAGGGAGAUGCCCUACACGUGCUCUGAGUGUGGGAAAAGCUUCAAUCAGAGCUCUGCUCUGAUCUCACAUCGUAGAAUCCACACAGGAGAGAUGCCCUACACGUGUUCUGAGUGCGGGAAAAGCGUCAGUCACAUCUCUGCCCUGAUCACACAUCAGAGAAUCCACACCGGGGAGAAGCCUUAUACAUGCACUGCGUGUGGGAAAAGCUUUAGUCGGAACUCACACCUUAUCAGACAUCAGAGAAUCCACACUGGGGAGAAGCCCUACAGAUGCAAUGAGUGUGGAAAAAGCUUCAAUCGGAGCUCCAACCUUAUCACACAUCGUAGAAUCCACACCAGGCAGACACCGUACACGUGCUCUGAGUGCGGGAAAAGCUUCAGUUGCAGCUCACACCUUUUCAGACAUGAGAGAAUCCACACAGGGGAGAUGCCCUACACGUGCUCUGAGUGUGGGAAAAGCUUCAAUCAGAGCUCUGCUCUGAUCUCACAUCGUAGAAUCCACACAGGAGAGAUACCCUACACAUGUUCUGAGUGCGGGAAAAGCGUCAGUCACAUCUCUGCCCUGAUCACACAUCAGAGAAUCCACACCGGGGAGAAGCCUUAUACAUGCUCAGAGUGUGGGAAAAGCUUUAGUCGGAACUCACACCUUAUCAGACAUCAGAGAAUCCACACUGGGGAGAAGCCCUACAGAUGCACUGAGUGUGGGAAAAGCUUUAAUCGGCGCUCCAACCUUAUCACACAUCGUAGAAUCCACACAGGGGAGAUGCCCUACACGUGCUCUGAGUGUGGGAAAAGCUUCAAUCAGAGCUCUGCUCUGAUCUCACAUCAUAGACUCCACACAGGAGAGAAGCCCUACACAUGUUCUGAGUGCGGGAAAAGCGUCAGUCACAUCUCUGCCCUGAUCACACAUCAGAGAAUCCACACCGGGGAGAAGCCUUAUACAUGCUCAGAGUGUGGGAAAAGCUUUAGUCGGAACUCACACCUUAUCAGACAUCAGAGAAUCCACACUGGGGAGAAGCCCUACAGAUGCACUGAGUGUGGGAAAAGCUUCAAUCAGAGCUCCAACCUUAUCACACAUCGUAGAAUCCACACAGGGGAGAGACCGUACACAUGCUCUGAGGGUGGGGAAAACGUCAGUCACAUCUCUGCCCUGAUCACACAUCAGAGAAUCCACACAGGGAAGAAGCCCUGCACAUGCUCUGAGUGUGGGAAAAGCUUCAAUCGGAGCUCCAACCUUAUCACACAUCGUAGAAUCCACACAGGGCAGACACCGUACAUGUGCUCUGAGUGCGGAAAAAGCUUCAGUUGCAGCUCACACCUUUUCAGACAUGAGAGAAUCCACACAGGAGAGAUGCCCUACACAUGUUCUGAGUGCGGGGAAAGCGUCAGUCACAUCUCUGCCCUGAUCACACAUCAGAGAAUCCACACCGGGGAGAAGCCUUAUACAUGCUCAGAGUGUGGGAAAAGCUUUAGUCGGAACUCACACCUUAUCAGACAUCAGAGAAUCCACACUGGGGAGAAGCCCUACAGAUGCACUGAGUGUGGGAAAAGCUUCAAUCAGAGCUCCAACCUUAUCACACAUCGUAGAAUCCACACAGGGGAGAGACCGUACACAUGUUCUGAGUGUGGGGAAAGCGUCAGUCACAUCUCUGCCCUGAUCACACAUCAGAGAAUCCACACCGGGGAGAAGCCUUAUACAUGCUCAGAGUGUGGGAAAAGCUUUAGUCGGAACUCACACCUUAUCAGACAUCAGAGAAUCCACACUGGGGAGAAGCCCUACACAUGCACUGAGUGUGGGAAAAGCUUCAAUCAAACCUCCAACCUUAUCACACAUCAGCGAAUCCACACAGGGGAGACACCCGUACACCAUACACGUGCGCUGAGUGUGGGAAGAGCUUCAAUCACAGUUCAAACGUUGUCUCACAUAGGAGAAUCCACAUGGGAGAGAAACCCUUCACAUGCUCUGAGUGUGGGUAAAGCUUCAGUCAGUGCUCAAGCCUUAUUAGACAUCAGAAAAUCCACAUGAUAGAGAAUUGUAAUAAAUCCCUUGACUAGGGCUGGCCAAAAAAUGAAAAAAAAAAUCACAUUUGCUAAUUUCCACAUAAUGAUUUUUGCACCGUCUUCACCGUGGUCUCUCAGCUCCGCCCGAUAAGUUGCCUGCUUCUGCCUUUUGCAGCUCACCUUCUUUGGGGUCAGUCCUGUGGUCUUUUCUAUCAAGUCCUUUCGAGUCGUAGGAGUGUGUGUCCCUCCAGCCAGGAAUGUUCAUCACCUCCAGGUGGGGGCAGAGAGAGAUUUGAU